AUGACGGACAGUGACACGGACCACGAAGACUCGCAUCAAAGGCGUCGAGUGUCGUGGGAUGCGUUUUUGCGUUUGGAGAGUGACGAUGAGUGGAGCGAACUGGAAGAGAUGCGAGGCUACAACGACGAUUACUACCACGAACCGCACAAUGCCGAGACAUGUCCUGAUUGUGUGGGAGAUGAGUCGUCUUGUUCAGAAAAUGAAGAGAUUGACAUGUCAGUAGAUCCAGUAGUGGAAGAAGAAGAAACCGUCAUGAGAAUCACGGCACGAAAGAGCACUGCCAGUACAUGUAGUCUUCCCGCCAAUCAUCAACGUAGAACCAUGCCGACGGAUGGACCGUUGCAGGUCCAGAGACAACCACGACAAGAAGAGACGACUGCCACAAAUCAACGAGAGAAUCCACUCGUACCAGUCAAACCAAAGCCACUUAACAACCAAGCCAUCCACAAACCUCGUCAGCCCGCUGCUGCUCUACCACCACCGCCAAGGGCUCAAAAGAGACCCCGCUUUUCCUCUACCACUUCUACGGCUCAACGUCCCAAGCCCUUUGUGGCUGCUGCCAACCAAAAUAGCAAGAAACCCAAGAUCAUUUGCAUUGAUGAUUCUGAUGAUGACGACGACGACGAUGAUGAAAUUGUCUUUUUGGGAACUUCCACUGCUCCUGGUGUCAUUCAACUCAAGAAUAGGACCAAGAAACGAUCCGUCAUCCCCAACAACAACAAUCAUAGAAACAAUGGUAAUCCAGCCACUCACAAUCCACAAAAAAGCAACCAUCAAUUGCCAAGUCAAUUGCCACAACAGCAAUCCAAAGAAAAGGCAAACUACGAGGUCAAAAAGCCAUCAUCUUCUCUUUUCAACCCAAACAACAAUGCCUCUGCUCCUAGUGGCAAACCUUAUGCGGAUCAUCAAAAACCACCCCCUCCUUCCAAACCAUACAACACUAAUCAGAAGACUCCACCGACUCAGCCAACACCCGUUUCUACAACAAUACAACAACCGUCCUUACCGCCCUCGCCACGAAGAGUUUCCACCUCCUCCACUAUUACUCAGGCAAGCAGCACGACGUUCUUGGCGACCAACGAGAAUGCCGGCACUCACAAUUACUCAGAGCGGCACCAACCAAGGAAGGAGCCACCCACAAGAAACGACGACAGCACUCCUCUUGCGACACGAACAAGAAACUCCACGUCCGACCCAAAAAUACUAGUGCGGCAGCACCAAACACACAACAAAACCAAUUCGGGAAGAUGGACUGAUGAAGAACGGGAACGACUCCGGAUCGCUUUGACCCGCGAAUCGGAUUGGGAGUCGGUCGUCCGUUUUGUCCGGACAAGAGAGUUUCCGGCGAUUCGAUCCUAUGCUCCCCGUACUUAUCCACAAUUGUGCGACGAACUACGACAGCGAAUGCAUAGCAAAAACAAAGGUAUACUAGCUCAGACUCCUCCCACUCGCGGAUCUGAUCCAACAACGCUAACGGUACUAGGACAAACGCAAGAGGCACUGGGAGUCAACCAGACCAACGUUUCGGUGAACCCCUACCAGACGCCUCCUCCCAGCGCCCCCAAGACGCACGAACCACCGGUACAGGAACUUUUGGAAACGUACCGACAAGUCAAAAUACCAGCCACAAUGGACGUGGCCAAAAUGAACAGUGCAGCAGCAUCGACGACUCGGACUGAAACAGAAACGCAGCAAUCACUACCAAACGCGGAACACUGCUCGAACGAUGACAGUAGCGGUGGACCACUCGAGGAACCAAAGGAAGGCGCCGAGACAAUAGGGAGAACUACAGUGACAGCUGCCAAGCCUGCGUCGCACGAGCUGUCAACAACUGCACCAUCACUGGAAAACAAAGAUGCGUUAGCACAACCGGAAAUGGGACAGAAAUGUUCCACCCAACAAACUGCAGAGACGACAGAAAAUCCAUCUGAAGCAGAGGCAAAGCCAAUGCAGUGUUCUCCUCGACACAACGACGAGCUACAGCGACAUGAACAGACGGCCCAAGUGCAACAACAAGAUAUGACAGAGGAUAAGGAAAUGCCAUCUACCAAUUCCAAUCUCCAUGAUGGAAAUGUAGAACAGGUGCAACAACCACUGACAGAGGAUCGUGAACUGCACACUACCAAUUCAAAACACCACCAAGUCGAAGAACAAGUGCAACAACAGCAACAGGCCAGCCAAGAGCAACAGCAAAUGAGGAAAGACCGAGAAAUCAUUUCUACCACUUCCAAUGAACGAGAAGGAACAGAAGAGGCGAAACAGCAAUCGAGCAAAGAACAGUUAUCACUAGUGAGGGAGAAUCAGGAAACGCAGUCUCUUUCCAGACACUGCGAAAGAGCGGAACAGGCGCAUCAAUCACCGAGCAAAGAGCAACAGCCAGUGAUGGAUCCAACCGAGAAGAAGCCUUCCGAUCGUUCCUACGACACUGAAGGUGCUUGCCGAGCAACAGAAGGACGAAAUCAGGAUCCUACAAUGCAACAGGAACAGAAAGAUAAGGAACAGCAGCCUCUCCGUGAAGGUCCUCUUCUGGCACCUGAACGAAAUCAGGAUCCAACGCAGCAAGAGGAACAGAUGGAUCAAGAACAGCAACCGUCUCAGCAAGAACAGCAACAGAAACAGCCGUCCUUCCCACUGGAGACCACCACAUCACCUAACCAAGAGCCGGGCAUGGCUCUCACAUUUUCUCCGAGUGACAAUGAUGUUGUCGUUGCCCUAGUAGGAACUGACCAUCAAUAUCGACUCCCAGGCAAUCUCAAGUGUUUUCGCCUAAUCUACCAGGCUCUACCGAAAUUCCUGGCGCCGAGAGUAUCGGAAGACACGAAAGAUCAGUUGGUCUUGCAAGUCUACACAGCCGUGGUAACAGCCGGUGGUCGCUUCGUGAAAGCCGCUGAAAACUUGGCGUUGGCCAAGCACGAUGCCCUGCAAGCAAUCAAGGCAAUGUUUGUUUCCAUGGGAGUCACAAAGACGAGGCAGUCGCUCGAGAAGAAGAAUCCCGAGACAAAUGCCACCCAACCGACACUACUAGAAGUGUCAACCUGGGAAGAACGUCUGUCUCAGCUGGAGGCAUAUAAGAAUGAAAAUGGGCACCUGAACGUUCCAGCAGCCCUAGGCCAGAAGUAUUACAAACUUGGGAAUUGGUUGGUACAACAAAGGUUUCUUUACAAGAGAGGACUUCUGUGCAAGGAGCGGUUGGCUGAUCUUUGUCGCUUGGGUGCGCAUGGUUUUGAUGCGGAUUCUACCACGACGGCUUCAAACGACGACAUGAACAUCGGACCUGCUGAUACACCUGGGUCAAGGAGCACAUCACACACUCCAACCGGCAAUGACGACCAGUCAAUACAGACUGAUACUGUCAGUACAGUAACUGGUGCUGCAUUGUCCCAACCUCCAAUACAAACUCUUCUGGUUGCGCUUCCAUCACCACUCACAGAGGGAUGCUCUGCUAUCAAGCCUGCCACCAACCAGAUAAGGCCGGGAUCGAAAUCCAACCCAAAAGGUUCCUAUCCAAAAGAGAAGUUCUAUACAUGGGAAGGUCGCUUGGCCCAACUGGAGGAAUGGAAGAAAGAACAUGGGCAUUUGAAUGUGCCAGUCCGGCCCGAUUGCCACCUGGGGCAAUGGUUGUCUGCGCAGAGAUCGCUGUACCGAAAUGGCACCAUUCGAAAAGAUAGGCUGGAAGAUCUUCGUCAACUGGGAACGUUUGGUUUUGGUGAUGCUUUUGUUGAAGCUGCAAAUAAAGAACGCAACUCCACUGAUGUGAAAAUCCCGCCUCAGGAGCAGCGUGAUCCUACCUCUCCCCAACUGAGACUCUAUACUUGGGAAGACCGCAUGUCUCAGCUGGAAGCCUUCAAGAAAGAACAUGGACACUCAAAGGUUCCAACGACUCCUGGUAAGCCAAACUACAAGCUCGGGCAAUGGAUUGCUUAUCAAAGGCAGUUGUACCGAAAUUGUACAAUUCGUACAGAACGCUUAGCAGAGCUUCGUCGGCUUGGUGCACAUGGUUUUGGUUCAGAUGCUGGCUCUCCCCAACUAAGACACUAUACUAGGGAAGAACGCAUAUCUCAGCUCGAAGCAUUCAAGAAAGAAUAUGGACACUUGAGAAUUCCAGGGACCUAUGGUAAGCCAAACUACAAACUCGGGCAAUGGAUAAAUUAUCAAAGGCAGGCAUACCGCAAUGGAACAAUUCGCGAAGAACUGUUGGCAGAUCUUCGUCGAUUGGGUGCAUACAACUUCGGGGAUGCGGCUGAAGUUGAUGUGCCUACAAGCGAUAGCACAACAGUUGGUACGAUUGACAACCCCGAGGCAAAUGACCCGGAACACACUCCAACCAGGAAUGUUGAACAGACAAUGCAGACUCAUACUGGCACUGGCACUGGAGCUGGCACAGGAACCAUUGCUGCUAGCUUCGGACCUGCAGUUUAUCCUGAGGAACCCCUUGCUCUUACUGAUACCUGUUUCCAAAGAAGAAACCACACCUGGGAAGAACGAUUGCGUCAGCUGGAAGCCUUUCAAAAAGAAAAUGGACACUUGAAGGUUCCAGUGACUGCUAGCAAUCCAGACUACAAACUUGGAAAAUGGAUUGACAAUCAAAGGCAGUCAUACCGCAAGGGUACAAUUCAUGAAGAACUGUUGGCUGGUCUUCGUCGGCUUGGUGCACAUGGCUUUGGUUCAGAUGCUGGGGCGACAAGCACAAACAAUGACGACUACAUCUCAUCAGUGGACACAAGUGGAGCAAGAAGCACAGCAGACACUGCAUCUACAAGCGACUGCAUAGAAGUGGGUAUGACUGACAACCAUGAGGCAAAUGACACGGAAGACACUCCGACUAGCAAUGCUGUGCAGACAAAGCAGACUGGUACUGGCACAGGUAUCACUGCUGCUAGUGUCAGACCUCCGCUGGAUCCUCAGGAACCCCUUGCUCUUUCUGGUACCUGUUUCCACAGAAGAAGAUAUACCUGGGAAGAACGAUUGGAUCAGCUGGAGGCCUUUAAGAAAGAAAAUGGGCACUUGAAGUUUCCAAAGACUCCUGGUAUGCCAGAUUCCAACCUUGGAAAAUGGAUUGACAAUCAAAGGCAGUCAUACCGCAAGGCUACAAUUCGUAAAGAACUGUUGGCAGGUCUUCGUCGGCUUGGUGCAAAUGGUUUUGGUUCAAACGAUGUCAGGACGAGAAGAAACUUUACCUGGGAAGAACGCUUGGGCCAGCUUGAGGCCUUUAAGAAAGAAAAUGGACACUCGAGAGUUUCAGAGAUGCCUGGUAAGCCAGAUUACAAGCUUGGGAAAUGGAUUGCAAAUCAAAGGCAGUUUUACCGCAAUGGCACGAUUCGUAAAGAACUGUUGGCAGGUCUUCGUCGACUUGGUGCACAUGGUUUUGGUCCAAAUGAUGGUGGGCCUGCAACUGUGGGCACACCCAAGGCAAACUCCACAUCACUCACCCCAGCCAGCAAUGCGAGUCAACAAAUACAGACCAGUAGUGGCAUUGCUACAUCAUCGCAAUUUCCGCAAUUUUCACCACACGCAGAGAGUCAUUCAAUGGGGAGUGCCAAUAAUGACCAGGUAUCCAAAUCCAACCCCAACCCCACGCCUACCUAUGCACGGCCAAAACUAUACAGCUGGGAACAACGCUUUCGUCAGCUGGAAGAAUGGAAGAAAGAACAUGGGCACUUACAAGUUCCAACCAGCCAUGGCAAGCAGGAUUACAGACUUGGUCAAUGGAUUGCUUAUCAAAGGCGGUUAUACCAAAAUGGAAGCAUUUGUGAGGAACACUUGGAUGACCUACGUCGACUGGGUGCAUCUGGUUUUGGGGCUGAUUCUGGUGCUGAUGCUGCCUCAACCAUGACAAGAGAAAACGGCGAGGAUGACCCUGUAACUGUGGGAACAAAGCGCACAUCACUCUCUCCAACCAACCAUGUCGAUCAGGCAACACUGCCUUGUUCGGGCACAGCAACAGAUGCCACAGAAUCUCAACCUCCAAUACAACCGCAGCAGCUUCACUUUUCAUCACCACAAGUAGAGGGCCCUGCAAGGGGGGGUGCCACCAAUCACCACAAGAAGAAGGGCUCCAGAUCCGUUCCAAGAGCAACCAAUUUACCACACAAACUCUACACCUGGGAGGAUCGCCUGGUCCAGCUGGAGGAUUGGAAGAAGGAACAUGGACAUUUGAACAUCCCUCGAAAACAACAGAACUAUGACUUGGGUGCGUGGCUGUUAGCACAGAGAUCAUUGUACUUAAGAGGUAUCAUUCGCAAGGAACGAUUGGCAGAUCUCCAUCGAUUGGGAGUGCCUGGUUUCGGGAUUCCUGAAGUGGAUGCGACAGCGAAAGCUUAUCAACCCUCGAAUGCAACGGAAUCACCUGGGACAAGCAGCAGAGCAAGGACUCCAGCUACCCGUGAAGAUCAGUCGAUGACAAGUACUUGCAGGACUACGACUGCUCCUGCAUCGGAGCAUCCAUUGCAACCGCAACAGCUUUUCAACUCUGCUUCGUCUCAGACACAAGGACACUCUGAUACUGGGAAUUCUUCCAGAGAUAGAACGGGUCCUCGCACCACGAAUCAAUGGGGAACAUGCUACACCUGGGAGGAACGCUUAGCUCAGCUGGGGGAAUUUCUGAGUUCAAAUGGGCACCUUGAUGUUCCAACGAAACAAGGUGAGCCAGAUUACAGCCUUGGGCUGUGGCUUGCACGUCAAAAGCGGUUGUAUCAAAGUGGCACACUUCGCAAGGAGCGAUUGGCAGAUCUUUGUCGAUUGGGAGUUUUCAGGGAUUUGGAUCCGUCAAUGGAGAAUGUUGCUCCAACUGCUCCCUCAUUGUCACCUCAGUCGCAGCAAGCCACGACGGCACCAGCAGCGCGGGAAUGUACUACAAUGGGUUUCAAUGAGAAGAAACGAAAGCGACAAGAUUCGUUAGAGGACCCAAGCAACAUCAGCAGUGCUACCCGACGCUCGAAACGUGGCCAACAACCAAAGAAGUUUUAUGAUUGCGAAGACUUUGAUUUUGGCGCAAUGAAGCAAGCUGGGACCGGGUCGUUGUCCCAACCGACAGCGUCAGUUCCCGAGUCUGCGCAGACGACCCCAGACUUGACGUCCCGACAGCAAGAGUCUUCACCGAGGGACACAAGCGGGGGGGAAGUUUCGACUGCAAGCAAGUCGCCUACAAUUAUUAUUGAUAUCUCGGAAACCACAGAGGAGCCUGCUGCGCCUGAGCUGCCAGCACCCUCGCAGGCCCCUCCAAGUCCACGCGCAUCGCAACCAACGACUGCGGAGACGAUGAAGGAGCAACCAUCAGCUUCGCAUGCCACGCCACAGGGACGUCCACAGUCCUCUUUGCAAAUGACAAACAUUCCUGACAAGGAUCUGACGGGUCGAGAUAUUCUGUUGAGUGAAUCACCAAGGACGAAUCUAGGCAGAGGCAAUGACAUUUACCGGCAAACGAUUGCGAAGUUACAAAAGGAGCAUCAAGAACUUCUCCAGGACAAGAAGAAUGUUGUUGUAUUCGCGCAGCGUUUUGUGCAAGAGCUUCGCCAACGAGGCAUUCGUUUUCUGACGCAAGACUAUGGAGCAGAGACUUGGAACGAUAUUGGAGAGGAACGAAUGAUCGAGAGGGUGUGCGCGAGUCUUAGCACCGGCAACGAGCUUCCAGCGGCGGAUAGUACCAUCGGCGUCAUCUAG